UUUUGCUCGUUGUGUAGUUAGACUUAAAAUGUCUGGACGCGGAAAACAGGGUGGCAAGGCUCGAGCUAAGGCCAAGACCCGCUCUUCGCGGGCUGGACUUCAGUUUCCCGUGGGCCGAGUGCACCGUCUGCUUCGUAAAGGGAACUAUGCCGAGCGGGUCGGGGCGGGAGCACCGGUGUAUCUGGCGGCGGUGCUGGAGUACCUGACGGCUGAGAUCCUGGAGUUGGCGGGUAACGCGGCCCGGGACAACAAGAAGACCCGCAUCAUCCCACGUCACCUGCAGCUGGCCAUCCGCAACGACGAGGAGCUCAACAAGCUGCUGGGCAAAGUCACCAUCGCUCAGGGCGGCGUCCUGCCCAACAUCCAGGCCGUGCUGCUCCCUAAGAAGACCGAGAGUCACCAUAAGGCCAAGGGCAAGUAAACUGGAAUAUUCCAAGUUCUUGUUCCUUGAACAUUCAAUUUUAGCCAAAGGCUCUUUUCAGAGCCACCCACGUAUUCAUUAAAAGGGCUU